AUGAAGGAAAGACGCCUCCCGCAGCCCUUUGUAGCGCGCUGCAAAUUAGUGCUGGUUGGUGAUGUCCAAUGCGGUAAAACGGCCAUGCUUCAAGUCCUGGCCAAGGACUGCUACCCGGAGACCUAUGUCCCGACUGUGUUUGAGAACUACACCGCUUCUAUGGAGCUUGACGGCCAACGUGUUGAGCUCAGUCUUUGGGAUACAUCAGGUUCCCCAUACUACAACAAUGUUAGACCCCUCUGCUACAGUGACUCAGAUGCGGUGCUCUUAUGCUUUGACAUCAGCAGACCAGACACAGUAGACAAUGCGCUGAAGAAGUGGAAAGCAGAGAUACAGGACUUUUGCCCCUGCACACGGAUCCUGCUAAUAGGCUGCAAGACAGACCUGCGCACAGAUGUGUGCACGCGCAUGGAGCUGUCCAAUCAGAAACAGACACCAAUAUCCCAUGAGCAGGGUUGUUCCUGGGCUAAGCAGCUCGGAGCUGAGGCAUACCUGGAGUGCUCAGCCUUCACGUCAGAGAAGAGCAUCCACAGUGUUUUCCGUGCAGCGGCCAUGGCCUGCAUGAACAAACUCCAGCCGACCGACAAGCCCAGCCCGGUCCGCCGCCUCUCCAAGAGACUCCUACACCUGCCCAGCAAGACAGAGCUCAUCUCCUCCACUUUCAACAAGGAGAAGUCAAAGAGUUGCACCAUCAUGUGA